UGCAUGGAGCUGCGAAGGAAGCUGAGAUGGGGAGUUCUAUUCCUCCAUCUACACCUACUGAAGGUGUAACAGUUGAUGAUGAUAAUGAUGAGAUUAAUGAGCAAAGCUCCAGAAAAUCAACUGCCAACAGCCUCAAGGACCGGAAACUGUCGUGGACUAAGCUCCGCCGUGUCGACUCCCUUAACUUGGAGGCCGGCACAGUUUCCGGCAGACAUACCGGCGGCGGCCAUGGCAACAGGCAUCUGGGAUGGAAAACGACGCUGAGUUUGGCUUUCCAAAGCAUAGGAAUAGUGUACGGAGACAUUGGGACUUCCCCAUUAUACGUAUAUUCCAGUACAUUUCCUGAUGGAAUACAUAACAACGAUGACCUCCUUGGUGUGUUGUCUCUGAUUAUCUAUACCAUGACUCUCUUGCCACUGAUCAAAUACGUCUGUAUAGUCUUGUGGGCAAACGACAAUGGAAAUGGGGGGACAUUUGCGCUCUACUCCUUAAUCUGUAGACAUGCAAAGGUAAGCCUAAUUCCAAACCAACAACCAGAGGACAAGGAAGUCUCAAAUUACAAACUGGAUAUACCAUCCAAUCAGUUGAGAAGAGCUCAAAAGGUUAAAGAAACACUUGAAGGAAGCAAAGUAGCAAAAGUCAUACUUGUGUUUCUCCCCAUCCUUGGAACUUCAAUGGUCAUUGGUGAUGGGAUCCUCACUCCUUGCAUUUCAGUUCUUUCUGCUGUGAGCGGGAUCUCAUCCCUCAGUCAAGAUGCUGUUGUUGGAAUAUCAAUUGCAAUAUUGAUUGUUCUUUUUUCCGUUCAACGCUUUGGCACGGACAAGGUGGGCUUCUCAUUCGCUCCAGCCGUCUGCUUGUGGUUCCUAUGCGUAGGUUUGACAGGCGUCUAUAACUUAUUUAAGCAUGACCCAGGGGUCCUACGUGCUUUCAAUCCAAAAUACAUAUUUGAUUACUUCAGAAGAAAUGGUAAGAAAGGAUGGAAAUCCCUAGGUGGAGUUGUUCUAUGCAUUACAGGCACUGAAGCUAUGUUUGCUGAUUUGAGUCACUUUAGCGUGAGGGCCAUUCAGAUCAGUUUCUCCUGUGUGGUGUUCCCGUCCCUAUUGGCAACUUAUAUAGGUCAGGCUGCAUACCUCUCGAAGUUUCCUGAAAAUGUCCGCAAUGCUUUCUAUGACUCAGUUCCAGAUUCAAUCUACUGGCCCACAUUCGUUAUAGCUCUUGCUGCGGCCAUUAUUGCCAGUCAAGCUAUGAUAUCUGCAGCCUUUGCAAUUAUUUCUCAGGCCCUUAAUCUAGGUUGUUUCCCAAGGGUUAGAGUUGUUCACACUUCUGCCAAGUAUGAAGGCCAGGUUUAUAUUCCUGAGCUCAACCAUUUCAUCAUGGUGGCUUGUGUUAUAGUAACUGCAGCCUUCAGAACCACAGAGCAGAUUGGCAAUGCUUAUGGAAUUGCAGUGGUUUCUGUAAUGGUGAUAACCAGUACCCUGGUUACUUUAAUUAUGACUUUCAUAUGGAAGGCAAGCAUAUGGUGGAUAGCUCUCUUCUUUGUAGUGUUUUUUUCUACAGACACCAUAUAUCUUUCAUCUGUGCUCUCCAAAUUCAUAGAAGGUGGUUACCUUCCUAUAACAUUUUCAUUCUUCUUGAUGACAACUAUGGCAAUUUGGCAUUUUGUCUACAAGGAGCGGUACAUGUUUGAGCUCAACAACAAGGUAUCGAGUGAUUAUGUGAAAGACCUGGCGAAAAACCCAGAAAUAAAAAGAGUACCUGGAAUUGGACUUCUGUAUUCUGAACUCGUCCAGGGUAUUCCACCAAUAUUUCCCCACUUCAUUUCUAACAUUCCAUCGGUUCACUCAGUUGUAGUGCUGGUCUCCAUAAAGUCUAUUCCAAUUAAUAAAGUGCCACUGGAGGAAAGGUUUCUUUUUCGACAGGUUGAGCCUAGAGAUUAUCGGGUGUUUCGUUGUGUAGUGAGGUAUGGAUACAAUGACAGAAUUGAGGAGCCCAAUGUGUUCGAGCAGCAGCUUGUGGAGCACUUGAAGGAGUUCAUCAGGCACGAGCAUUUUAUCCUUGAAGAUGCGCGUGCAGAGCAAAUGCUUGAUCCAGUAAACAUCCAAGAUUCAGGUUUAUUGAUGAAAGAUGGAAAUUCUAAAAGAUCCAAGCUACAGAUUGUGCAGAGAGCCAAGGAUCAAGGAGUGUUUUAUCUUCUGGGAGAAGCAGAAGUGGUGGCAAAACAAGAAUCAUCCUUCUUGAAGAAGUUUGUCGUCAAUUAUGCCUACAAUUUCCUGCGGAAGAAUGUCAGGCAAGGGGAGAAACGCUUGGAAAUUCCUAGGACUCGGCUUUUAAAGGUUGGAAUGGUGUAUGAGGUUUAACUUCUUAAAAAAACUAAAUAACAGCUCUCCUUUGUAGAAAACUACAUGAAAAGGAGAAAGUGAUCAAUUACUCUAAUUGACUCCACCAAGAUUCAAGCCAA